CCGAUCUCCAUCGCUUCGAUGGGACUCGUAGUUUCUAAAUGAAAACGAAAAAAUAAUUUAACGAAUUUACCUUCACGUUCCGUUUCAACAUUUAGACAGUCWUCCGUAUAAUAAUAGUAAUAAUAAUAACAAUAAUAGUUGCGUAUACUAUUAUAUUUUUUCGCUUUACGUAUUAUUGUUUUGCUCGCAAAAUAUUUACACCCAUGUAUCCGAUUUGUAGUCGUGCGAAAUAUGUCAUCUGUCGACGAUUGAACAAUGAUGUUUGUUUAACGCAGGCCGUGAGUAUGUAAAACAAACAAAACCGUCGCAACAAUAUGAAUAUUAAAUAAAAACGACGAUAAGUACCUCUUCCUACUUCUCAAUUCAAAAUCCGGCCACUCUGAAGGACRRAUAUAAGUGUAGGUAUUUGUUUUUUCUAUCAUCCUGUGGCAGCACGAUGCGUUCGUCACUCUUGUUGAUGACCGCCAUUUCGCUUGUGACGACCAAUUUCUGUUUGGCCAUCGAUCCGCUGGCCCAAGAGUACGGCGAGCUUGUGUUUUCAUCUCUGCUUUAUAGACAUGGUGAUCGAGCGAUUACUCAAUUAUCUUACCCAAAAGAUCCUUAUAGAAACUCAUCAUACUGGCCCAUGGGUUAUGGACAGUUGACUAAUCAAGGAAAAGAAAGGCAUUAUGAAUUUGGAAAAUGGWUAAGAAAUAGAUACAGUGAUUUUUUGCCUAUUAAAUAUUCAACUGGUUUAUAUGUACCAAGUAGUGAUCAAAAAUGGAACAACAAAUUAGGAAAUUUAUGGCAACCAAUUCCAAUUCAUUCAGUGCCACGAGAUCUUGAUAAGUCUUUGUCUUUUGGUAAUAAUUGUCCUCGGUUUACAAAAGAUUUUAAUAACCUUCAAAAUUUACCAGAAAUCCAACAAUUUAAUGAAGAUCACCAGAAUUUAUACAAUUACCUUAAAGAAAACAGUGGCAUGAAUUUUACUAAUUUAAUUGAUGACACAUUAACUUUGUAUGAUAUAUUAUUAGUUGAGGUA